UAAUAAAAAUCUAUGUCACUUACCAGUUCCAUCUCCUAAUCAACUAUCACAACUUAAUCCAGAAAUAGAAUAUCUCGAUACAUUAGGAUUAUUUGAUCCCCCAGAAAUUGCUGAGCCUAUUCUAUCACCAGAAACUGAAAGAGAAUAUCUCGAAGCAUUAGGAAUAUUAGAACUUAUUCCGCAAUUUCAUCAAACGGAUAUUAUUAGUUCAGGAUGUGAAUUAUUAGACAAUCAUUAUCAA